UCCAGCAAGUGCAACUGUUAGAAUUCUCCAAGUCAGAAGAUCUGACCCUGAAAAGUACCCUAAGUUUGUUCUGCUAUGGGGUCGUUCAAUGUCACUCACCCUGCAUUCUUCCUCCUGACUGGUAUCCCUGGUCUGGAGAGCUCCUGGCUGGCGGGGCCCCUCUGUGUGAUGUACGCUGUGGCCCUUGGGGGAAAUACAGUGAUCCUGCAGGCUGUGCGAGUGCAACCCAGCCUCCAUGAGCCCAUGUACUACUUCCUAUCCAUGUUGUCCUUCAGUGAUGUGGCCAUAUCCAUGGCCACACUGCCCACUGUACUCCGAACCUUCUGCCUCAAUGCCCGCAACAUCGCUUUUGAUGCCUGUCUAAUUCAGAUGUUUCUUAUUCACUUCCUCUCCAUGAUGGAAUCAGGUAUUCUUCUGGCCAUGAGUUUUGACCGCUAUGUGGCCAUUUGUGACCCCUUGCACUAUGCCACUGUGCUCACCACUGAAGUCACUGCUGCAAUGGGUUUAGGUGCAGCUGCUCGAAGCUUCAUCACCCUCUUCCCUCUUCCCUUUCUUAUUAAGAGGCUGCCUAUCUGCAGAUCCAAUGUUCUUUCUCACUCCUACUGCCUGCACCCAGACGUGAUGAGGCUUGCCUGUGCUGAUAUCACUAUCAACAGCAUCUAUGGACUCUUUGUUCUUGUAUCCACCUUUGGCAUGGACCUGUUUUUUAUCUUCCUCUCCUAUGUGCUCAUUCUGCAUUCUGUCAUGGCCACUGCUUCCCAUGAGGAACGUCUCAAAGCUCUCAACACAUGUGUGUCACAUAUCCUGGCUGUACUUGCGUUCUAUGUGCCAAUGACUGGGGUCUCCACAGUGCACCGCUUUGGGAAGCAUGUCCCACGCUACAUACAUGUCCUCAUGUCAAAUGUGUACCUAUUUGUUCCUCCUGUGCUCAACCCUCUCAUUUAUAGUGCCAAGACAAAGGAAAUCCGCCAAGCCAUUGUCCGCAUGUUUCGCCACAUCAAAAUAUGACUUUCACACUUGGCUUUAGAAUCUGUUGUUUAUUUUGGCCAUAGGUUC